AAAUUUCUAGGGCUGAUGCGCUUGGGAGCGUCUGCAUGGCGCUGGAGCUGCGCGAUUCCACAGGUACGAUGGCUGGAAAUCUCGGGAGGGUAGCUCGCAUGGGAGAAUGUAGGCCUUGAGAAGAUGGAUAGAGCAAGGAAUUCAGGUCUAUAGAGCAGCACAGCAGUGGUAAGGCCGUGAGAGUGGAGUCCACUGGUAGUGAAGAACUUCAAAGCGCUGGAAGAAGUUUUUGGUAGAUUUCUUCCUGGCACUGCGAAGAUCACACAAAGAAAAUCACCAAGGCCAGGAAUGUCAUGGACGCAUUGCCAGACGAGGUUUUGUCUCACGUUUUUAGCCGCAUCACCAGCACGGCGGACAGGAAUUCUCUGGCUCUCUCUUGCAAGCGCUGCCACCAUGUAGAACGACUCCAGAGAUGGUCUUUGAGGCUGGGCUGUGGCUUGCAUCCGGUUGACGAGGCCUUGGUUCGACUGUGCAAGAGGUUUUCCAACUUGGUGAGUGUGGAGAUUUCUUACUUGGGAUGGAUGUCCAACCAGGGAAGGCAGCUGGAUGAUCAAGGCCUGGCUCUUCUCUCGGAGAAUUGCCGGCUUCUCACGACUCUCAAGCUGAGUUACUGCUGCUUCAUCACAGAUACCGGGCUUGGGAAUCUGGGAAGGAGCAGCAACUUGGAGGUUCUGACGCUCAACUUCAUCCCGCGGAUAAGUGGUAUCGGGAUGCUUUCGCUGGUGACUUGCUGCAGUAAGAUCAAGGAGCUAGAGCUGGAUCGCUGCAUGCAUGUCGACAGGGUGGAGUGGCUAGAGCAUCUGGGAGCGGAGGGAAGGCUCGAGAAUUUGUUUAUACGCAACUGUCGAGGUGUUGGAGAGCUCGACCUUGCGGGCCUUGACUGGGGAUGGAGUAGCCUUCGCAGGCUCGUGUUUGAGGUUGAUGGUAGCAACUAUCGCUUCCUCAAGGAGUUUGGAAAUGCUGGAGUUUGCGGGAUCGACGUCAACUCUGAGUCUCUCCAGCUUUUGGUUCUUACGAACUGUGUGGUCACUCCGCGAAGAGGAUUAUCGUCGGUUCUCGCCAGAUGCAGCAGCGCGCUGGUGGACGUGGAACUCAACAUGUGUUUGGGCCUGAGGGACGAGCAGCUGAUUGCUCUAGCGGAAACUUGCUCGCAACUCAAGUCUUUGACACUCAGGCUCUCGUCACUUUUCGAAGGAUCAACAAGGAUCACGGACGCAAGCUUCUGUGCGCUAGCGACGCACUGUGUGUUCUUGGAGAAGGCAUGCAUUGGCUUCAGCAGUGGGGAGUUUCACUUUGUCACUGUGGCAGGCCUGGCACUUGUGAUUCAAGGGUGCUGUUUCCUGAAAGAGCUCGUACUGGAGAACGUGGGAUGUUUCAACGACGAAGGCAUGGAGGCUGUUUGCUCUUCGGGAUCAUUGGAGACUCUGGAACUGGUGGUGUGUGGUCAAGUGGGAGACAAAGGCAUAUCUGGUUUGGCAUGCUCAAAGCUGAGGAAGCUGAGGCUUUGCCGGUGCAGUGGGAUCACAGGGACAGGAUUUAACUCUCUUGCUGGCAGAAGUCCAAAGCUGAAUGUUCUGGAAGUUGAAAACUGCCCGCGUGUAGUGAUUGAUAGUUUGGAGGGUGUUGCAAGCACGCUGCGUUAUAAACAGAGCUAGAAUUCGUCGACAGAGGCUUCGUUUCUUGGACUUCGGUGACAAAGUUAAGAGGUCUCGCAAAAGUCUGGAAACGACUGUUCUUAAUUUCAUCUCAGGCUUUCAAUGGAAGGUGUGAUCACGCUGCAAGGCCGAGUCGCGACUUGACGAUAUGAGAACCAUAAAAACUGAAUCAUGGGACGAUAUCGAGGGCCUUGACGGCCGGAUCUCGCGUUAAUGCGCGCCCUGGGAAAGAAACAUGCCUUGUGCCAACUUGUUUCCACACCAAACAGUCAAUAGGACAAGAAGACAAACAAAACAAGCAAGCGAACGUGCGUGUCCGGGAGGAAACAACACCCGAAGCGUCCCCUUGUCCGCUUUGGACGCUCGAGAGAGAGACCCAAAACACACCAAAGCGCGAUGUGCUUAAGACAAAUCCAGCCUUGGAUAGAUUCCCAAAACAGUCACGAUGAACAAAGCGAAGAAGAGAGAAGGAAGAAGAAAGAAAGAAAAAAGAAAAAGCUGGCGAGGUCUCCAUCGCAGCACUGCGCCUUUGGCAUUAAAGUCCAGCGCAAGCUUUCGGCUUGACCUUUGAGAACACAGCGUUCGUACGGGGACUGACCCCGCGCUCGAUCCACCGUCCGUACGUGUCCUUAGAAUAUAAACUGUCUCCACCACCAUCAUGGUCGUCUCGGUUGUGUAGAGGAAUCCAGUCCAGCUAAACUUCACCUCCAAUUCUUCGCAGUUCUAGAAGAGAAAAAUAAGAUUUUUCACAUACAAAUC